AUGGCGUACAAGCUAAUCAUCGCGACGGCGUCCGCGUUCGCUUCCAUGGUGGGCGCCGAGCUGCACCUCAUCCAGGUGUCCGUGCACGGGUCGGACGGCACUGAGGCGUCCACGCCAGCACCGACCCCAGCACCAGCGAUGGCCUGCGCGGAGCAAGGGUGGAAUGGUAAUGGCAUUCCAUUUCGCAUCGGUUUUUCGAUUCACGUUACUUCUUCUUUUCCUAACAUCGUCUCUUCUCAUCUUCUUUUGGGGAGUGGCUACAAUCCCUACAUGGCUAUCUACGGGCCUGGGAUGCCUGGGGUGAAUGCGGGGACCUUUCAGAUGCUUUUCCAGUUUAAUGCCCUGUCGAUUCCCUCAACGACUUACCGUGUGACGUUGCCAGUUGGCCUUGAUCAGUACUAUGAGAUGGUCAUCGUGAGUGAAAGCGACUUCGCCUGCUACGUCAACGGCCAACAGGUAUUCAACACACAAGUGGACCAGCCCGUGUUCUCGUCCUACGGCACCGCGCUGGCAUCUCUGCCUCCCCUGGACGGAGCAUUGAAUACCCUCAGUCCGAGCACAUUCCCAGCGGACUCUGCAGAGAGGUAUAGGAUCUGUGACUUUUCAGUGACCAGGGCCAUUUCAAACUCGACGUGCUAUGAUCCCUCGUCGCUAUCGACGUGCCUCGCCGCGCCGACCCCGAGCCCGACGCCGAGCCCCACGCCCCACCCGACGGCUCCAACGCCAGCGCCUACCUUCGAGCCGACGAUGGAUUUGUGGUUGCCAGUGCUGAGCACUGAUCAUGCGGGUGGCACCGUCGGUCGGUAUUUCAAUUUCGAUUGGGUGGCGGAGCUUGGAUCUGGAACGGUUUACUGGCCAGAUUUGAGGCAAUGCCGCGGUGGGGUGGAGCUUGCGGUUGGUUCUGGUGUGCUUUGGCAAGGUACCAAUGGUGGAACGGCCGGCAAUUCUCAUGGACGUUUCGACAGUGCAAGUGAAUCUGCGAUUCAUCGUGAUUGGAAAGUGGGUGAUACCGCUACAAAUGGAAGCUGUCAGCCCAGUCCCACGCCCAGUCCGACGCCCAGUCCGACCCCUGGCCCCACGCCAAGCCCGACGCCGUACCCGACGGCCUUCCCGACGCCGUAUCCGACGGCUGACGCUCCGCUAUUCGCAUGCGAUUUCGAUGAUGCUUCGGAUCUUGGCAAAAACACUGCUGGUACGGAAUCCACGGGUUUGCGCACGUUCUACGGGUCUUGUAAGCAGACGUCCGGCAAAAACAGCGUUGGAGCUGUUUCCUUCGAGAGCUUUUCAGGUGCAGCAGAAUUUUCAGUUGGAGCGACGGGCGAUACCUUCAGUAUGUUGUUGUGGAUGGACAUGCGGGCACACAAUCCGUUUACUUAUGGUCGGUCUUACCUGAUUGAUUUUAGACCUAAUGGGCAAGGGGCAUUAUAUUUUGACAGCGAUAACACGAUUAAAUUUAACAGCAUGUACGGGAAUUGCCAGGGUGAGGCUUCGUGGGAGAGAUCAUUUGCCUACGCGCCAGCGUUUGACACAUGGGUGCACUUUGCUAUCGUCUCAGACCCUUCAGGGACGCGCCUGUUCAAGGACGGUACGUUGUUGUAUGAGGCUCUCGCAUCGAGUUGUGGCACAUCGUACAGCACCGCUUUGGUCGACAAAGCAGUUCUUGGCUCUUACUUCGGAUCAGUUGGCAAUUCAGGGUCGUACUUCUUGGAUGCUGCCAUCGACGACCUCCAGUUUUACAGGUCGGCGUUAUCAGCGCAAGAGGUACACGACAUCUACGCUGCGACGCCAGCACCGACGCCGGCGCCUAUUCCCGCGCCCCUGACGGCCGAUCCGACGCCACACCCAACUGCCUUCCCGACGCCUUACCCGACGGCGUUUCCGACGCCGUACCCGACGGCCUUCCCGACGGCCGACCCGACUUCGUACCCGACGGCCUUCCCGACGCCGUAUCCGACAGCCUCAAGCCCUAAGGCCGUCCCGGCGACAGUGUCGUCUGCAGUUGGCGAUCCGCAUCUGCAGAACAUUCAUGGUGAGCGAUUCGACCUGAUGAAGACGGGCAGGCACGUCUUGAUCCAUAUCCCACGAAGGGACGAUAAGAACACUCUGCUUCGUGUGGACGGGGACGUGCAAAGGCUGGGUGGGCAAUGCGCUGACAUUUAUCCCGGAUUUUCAAGAGCUGAACAUCACAGGGUCGUGGGCGAAUGUGAAGCGCGCUGGCGGUUUUCACUACAGCGCUCAGGUCAUCGGCUACCACCGCCCCCGCUGGGUCAAGUUCGGGACAGUCCAUGUGAAGGUCGCCCACGGGCGCACACAACAGGGCUUCAGAUAUCUAAACCUCUACGUGAAGAACCUCGGCCGCGCUGGGUAUCAAGUCGGAGGUUUACUCGGCGAAGAUGA